AUGUCCAAAUCCAACCUCCUCGUCUUUGGCGCCACGGGCGCAAUCGGCACCUACAUCAUCGCCGCAAUCGUCAACGCAAAGGACUCGUUCGGCCGCAUCGCCGUCUUCACGAGCCCGAAUACCCUCUCCACCAAAGCGACAGAAAUCAAUGCGCUCCGCGAGAACGGCGUCGAGAUUAUUACCGGCGAUGUUACAAAGAAGGAGGAUGUUGUUGCUGCUUUUGAAGGAAUUGACACAAUCGUCUCAGCCCUCGGCCGGGGGGUAAUCGCAGCGCAGAUCGACCUCUUGAGGUGGGCCGCGGAAACCCCCAGCAUAAAACGCUUUCUCCCCUCCGAAUACGGCACAGACAUCGAGUACAGCCCCGCAAGCGCGACGGAGAAGCCGCACCAGCAGAAGCUCAAGGUACGCGCUGCGCUGCGCGAGGUGAAAGAAGGGGAUCUCGAGUACGCGUAUGUUGUCACGGGGCCGUAUGCUGAUGUUCCCUUCUUUCUGGGGGCGAGUAAGACUCCACGGGGUGGGGCAUUUGAUGUUAAAGCGCGCAAGGCGGUAUUGCUUGGGGAUGGGAAGGGGAGGAUCAGUUUGAGUGCUUGUGCUGAUGUCGGGAAAUUCGUCGUGCACACCCUGACGCACUGGGAUCAAGCGAAAGGUCGCGCACUGAAGCUGAAUUCAUUCACGGCGACGCCGGAGGAGAUCCUAGCCGAGUUCGAGAAGCAGACUGGGGAGAAGUGGGAGGUCGAGUAUACAUCGCUCGCGCAGCUGAAGGCGUUCGAAGAAGAGGCGUGGGCGAGGGGAGAGCCCGAUGCGACGGGGUUGACGCUCCGGAGAAUCUGGACCGAGGGCGGGACACUGUACGAUAAGCGUGACAAUGUUGAUAUUGGCGCCGAGGAUACAGUCACCCUGACUGAGGCCGUCAAGGAGGCGAUCCGCGCGCAGCUCUCGGCGUCAUUGUGA